AUGAUUCCAAUUGGACGUUUACGACGCUAUAGUACCAGUUCAACUUCAACCUGUAGUAGUAGUAGUAGUAGUAACAGUGAAUAUUCACAACCAUCACCAAGUUAUAGUAUUACUUCUUAUGAAUCAUUAAGUCCAGAACCGUUAAUUUCUCCUUACACCACAACUGAUUGCCAAUCACCUCAUUUAGUACCACUAGAUCCAAUAAUACCAACACCACCAAAAAUAACAUCCACAAUUACUACUACCACAUAUCGAUCACCAGAACGAGAAGCACAAGUUUUUGAAAGGUUGCGACAAUUGGUACCAAUGUUACCAUUUGAUAGAAGUGCUUAUCAGAUACUAAUAGAAACAGUUUCACAAGUGAUGGAUUUAGAACAACAACUUGAACAAUUGAAUGAACAAACAAAUAGCGCCAAAAAUAGUCUUUGGAUUGAGCAACGAAGUCUCAUUUCGGAUGCGGAAAAUAGUGUCUUUCCGGAUGAUUUGAAGACUGUGGAUGUGACAGCAUUCAAGCGUCUUCUUUGUUCCGAUCCUCAUCCUGGUGACAUUUCAAGAACAGUACACUUUAAUUUUGUCUCAUAA